AUGGUGGAAAGGGCGGAUGCGAGCACAGAGCAGCUCGUUGACCGCGACUGGUUCUCCGUCGUGGCUCCUGCGCAAGUCCUCGCGGAGUGCGUCGAGCCCGCCAUCCUAGAUGCCGCUCGAACCGCCUACGCCCGCGAGGCAGAUGCGGACGACGACUCGGACGAGGACGACGCCGCGCACAGCCCGUGGGUUCGCCGGAUGCGACAGAUACUUCGAACCGCGGAUCUCGACAACACCACCGUGAACGCGAUACGCGAGCAGCUCCAGGAGGAGAUGGGACAGCGCGUGCCCAAGAAGGACCUCAGGGAAGCCGUCGAAUCAUUCCUCUCGGAGAGGGUGCGGAAACACGGACCCGGUAGACACGGGUCGAGAAACACAGCUGUCGCGUGGCACCGCCAACGAUCGCACGGCGACGCGUGGCGAUGUUUCCUGGACGAGCAAAAGGCGGCAGGGAUCGCGAGAGGCGCGCCGUGCACCGCGGUGUGGAUGGCGGGCGCCGUCGCGUACCGGUGCAGGACGUGCCAGACGGGCGAACAGUCCUCCGUGUGCGUUCGAUGCUUCCGAGCGUCUGACCACGAGGGCCACGAUUACAUCAUGUACCGCAGCGAAACCGGAGGCGUGUGCGACUGCGGCGACCUGGAGUCGUGGAGCGCGCAGGGAUGCUGCGACGCGCACAGGCCGAUAACACGCAGCCGCGCGAACGACUCCGAAGGUUCUUCCGAAGAUGCGACGAAUAAUAAUAAUACGUUUCCGGAGGGAAUAGCGCGCGACGUCUCCGAGGCGAUGCUCGGCGUGGUGCUCGAGCGGACGUUGCUCGCGCUCGAGUCGAGCGCUCGAGCGCGGGGCCCGCACCUCCCACCCGCCGCCGGCGCGAGGCGCGAGGCGGAAGGUAAGAUGGCGGAGAAACUUUUAAAGUGGCUCCUUCGCGUCGCGGACUGCGGCGCGAUGCGAGCGGCGUGCGCGACGGCGAUGACGAGGCGAUGGGACGGACCAGCCGCCGAUUUUAACCUUCGAGCGUGUGUACACACAGCUGUGGACACGAUGGACACGGCUGUGGACGACAAGGUUGCCGUGGCGUUGGACCCCGCGUGGGAUAACGGCGGGUGCCCCAACGCGCGAUACGUGAGCGGCUUCGGUGGUUUGUACGGCGCGGUGGGCGCGACGACGACGACGGACGCGGUUCGAGCCGAGCUUCGGCGACGGCGGCUGGUGGUCAAGACGCGGCUCGGCUGCCGACCGACGGACGACACAGCUGUGGACGACAAGGUUGCCGCCAGCUCGGAUGAGAUCAUCGCCGCGGAUGAGGAUGAGACCGCCGCCGUCGCCGUUUGUCCGGAGAUGAACAACUCGGGCGGCGAUACCCCGCGGGGCGAGUGGCCGCUCGCGGGGACGAGAGACGCGGGACUUCUGGAGUGCCUCCUCCGCGCGACGUGCCUGCCGUCGCUCCCCGAGGAGCUCGCCGAGUUGUCCACCACCCUCGUCCUCACGCUGCUGUUCAACCCCGAGUUUAAGGUUGCGUUUGCCUCGGCGCUCGUGCGGCACUACAGGGACCUGGUGCUGUUCCCGAACACGCUCCCGUGGCCGGGGGUGAGUCGCAUGGACCGAGGCGGGUGGGCGCAUUUGAUCGCCUCAGGUGGACUUUCAGACUCGCCUUCCGAGCGGAUUCGCGGAGAGAUGAGCGAAGGUCCCAUCUCCGCGGCGGUCACCGCGAUGAACGUGGACGACUCGGACACCGACUCGGACGAUGACGACGUGAACGAAACGGCUGGCGAAACGGCUGGCGACGACGUCCGGGAGCAGACGCCGGCACAGCUUGCGGCGAGACGCCGCGCCGCCGCCAGGCGUCGCGGCAUCGACGGCGGUACAACCGGGGGUCCGCAGCGGCGAUUUCCUUCCCGGGGCGGGCAGUCCUCCUUCCCGAGCGGCGCGUUCGUGCAGCGGCAGCGCGAGUGCGUCUCCCAGUGCAUGGAUCGCGUCACCGUGCAGCUCUUCGGGUCCGUGCCCAUCGUCUCGCACUCGGUGCUCCGCGAGGGGAUGCUUCGCGAGCUGCACGACGUCAUCGCCGACGCGUUGAUAUCCUUCUCGCACCGGGGUCCUUCCCUACCCGGUCGCCCCGCCGGCGUGGUCGAUCCCGCGUGCGAGGGGAUCAAGGCCAGGCUGUACUCGCGGCCGUGCAACGACCUGCGCAUGUGUUUGUCCCAGCGAUCCGUGGCGCGGUACUGGAUCGCCGCGUCGACGGUAAAGCCGGGGGAGGAGGAUGGAUUGAACGGAUCGAUCGGAGGGUUUUUAAGGCCCGGCGACGAGCGGCUGCUGAAGAUCGCGCUCGCAACGCUUCGCUCGAUGCAGGGCAUGAACCCGUACGCGAAGAAGCACGGCGAGCACGUGGAGCGCGAGCGGAGCGACUGGAUCCACUCGAUGACCGCGGAGAUGGUCGUCAUGUCAACCCUUCGGCAAGGAGCCGCCGUCGCCGCGGAUGGGCUCGCGUCUGAACGCGGCCAAUCCAAAAACGACCAAACCACCGCGCAAGCCGAGGAAGUGGACGCGGUGAGAGGUGGACACGAUAAGGCCACGGUCGCCGCGGUCGCCGCGCUGGAGCGUCGCAGGGCGACGCGCGUCGCGGAGGAGGCUGGGCGUCGCGCGGCGGCCGCGCGGCGGUACGGCCUCGGCGACGCGGUGGCGCACUCGCCGUCGGCGCGCUCGCUGGCGAAGCGACUCGAAUUAAAUUCCGGGUUUUCCGUCGAUGCCUCCGAUCCGGCUGGCUCCUCCUCCUCCUUCGGGUUCCCGGCGUUGGACCAGGCACGGACCGCGCGGUACCUGUGCCGGGCGUUGCGGGAGACGGUGGACGCCGCGGCGGACUGGGCGUACGGCGAGCGAGCGCGUGAGACGCUCGUCCUCGGCGGCGACGCCGAGCUCGCCCCCGGAGGUGCCGAAUUUGACCCGGAAAAGGACCCGGUGUCUAUUCACAUCCCGUUGCAUCGAUUCGCUGCGGUUCUGAUCAACGCCGCGUUCGUCGCCGAGUCCGUCGACGCCGACGGAUCGCCCGUGCUGGACAAACAGCUGCACUGGCCGUCCCUCACCUCGGUGCUUUGCGACCACCCGUUUACGAUUCAGAUUCAUUCCCUCGCCGAGCACCCCAUUCGAGCGCUGACGUGGAGCGACGCCGUGCGCGCCAGGGCGUGGGUCCGCAACGGCGAGGAGGUGCGCAGGCUCUCCGCGGUGUACGCGUCCAGGUAUUGGGCCGGGCUUGGACGCGACGCGGACCUCGCCCUCGUGCAAUACGCGCUCGCGUCGUCGCACUCGCCGCACGAGAUCGCGACUCGACUUCUCGACCUCGGCCGCGCCGGCGCGAUCGAGCCCGUCGACAAGAAGGGUGCGACGAAGGGUGCGACGAAGGGUGCGAGUGGGACGAAGGGUGAGUGGUGGGACGAAGGGUGGCCCGGGGAGACGCCGAGGAGGUACGUGGAGGGCGGGGAGGCGGCGGCGGCGGAAGGGGAGCCGUCGCCCACGCGCCGCCGCACCGAUCGGCCCGAAAACGUCCAAACGUCCUCCCGGGGCCCUUCCGCCGACGCCGCCGCCGCCGACACCGACGCCGCAGACGACGGGUUCAGGUACCGCGAUCCCGGCACGUUGCGCGCGUGGGACCUCGAGUGCGCCAGGAGCGCGGCGAGGACGCUCGUGGGCCUCGCCAAGGACCGCGUCUGGCUCUCCAAUCACCCCUUCGAGAUUCGCGUUCGCCGGGAGUUGAUUCACGCGCUCGCGAUCGAGGCGCGCACGCACUCGGAGCUCUCGGACCUCCUGCCCACGAACUUGGCGUCGGAGAGUAACGACGUGGAUAGAGUUCUGACCCAGGUGGCGGUGUACGAGCCCCCGAGGACGCUGGACGACAAGGGAAAGUACUCGCUGCGGCGAGAUGCGUGGCGCGAAUUCGACGGUUUUUUCCACAGAUUCGCCCCCGCGGAUGGCGAAUCCGCCCUGCGCAACGCCGUCACGGCGUACAUCAGGUCCCGAAAGGAGAACAUACCCGAGGAGGACUGCGCGUGGCACCCAAAGGACAUGCUCGCCGCCCCGCAGGUGGCGCCGCCCCCCUUUGCCGGCGUCGUUCGAUUCGCCAGGCACCCGUCGAUCGCGUCUUUCGUUUACAACUCCGUCUGUUACCUGCACGAGCGGAGGCACGAGCCGGACCUGCAGGACAUCGCCGUGAGCGCCAUGGCCCUCGCGGCGCUCGCGCUGGACGACAGGGUGUUCGUCGAGCACCUCCGCGACGUGGGCGGGGGUGAGUCGACGGGCGGAAGCGCGGGGUUUCCUGACCCGUGGGCCACGGCGCUUUUGCGCGGCGGCGACGCAUCCGGCGAAUCUUCCAGAAACGACGUAUCCUCCAAGAGACGUUCGCCGUUCAUCCUCGCGCUGGAGUCCCUCGCCGUCGGUGCGGGCGGCGAUUGGUCGGAGGACGAGUCGCACUUUGUCGUCAUCGUGGCGGAGUGCGCCAAAGAGCUGCUCGCGCGUUUAGCGGAUGCCAGGUUGUACGCGCCGAAUGAACCCUCAAACGGGGGUUUACGUCUCGGGACUGCCGGGUCGGAAGCCCAAGCCGAGGGUCGACACCCCGGAGCCCAAACGAACGCCUCGGCAUACAAGGACUCGCCCGCCGCCGACGCGACGGCGGCGGAGCGGAAGGCCAAGGCGCUGGCGCGUCAGAAGGCGGCGAUGGCGCAGAUGGCGGCGAGGCAGGCGGCGUUUGCCCUCGCCGCGACGGAUGACGACGACGUCGAGAGCGACUUCGACGGGGACGCGAACGUCGCCGGUUCGAACCCCGAUAUAGACGCCGAUAGGCUCCCGUGGGACGAGAAGGGCGUCUGCGGGCUCUGCCGCGGGUCCGAGGCGCACUCGAACGGCGGUGACGGUUUGAACGACGGUGUAACCGCCGGGAACAGCGUAACCGCCGGGAACGGUCCGCUGGUGUGGGUCGCGCUCGCGCAGCGAUCGAACGCGCCCGCCGUCGCGCGCAGAGCGUUGCACGCCAGGUUCAGGAACUUGUACAAACCGGACGGGGGCGAUGACGGCGCCAUCGGCGCUAACCCCGCCAGCCGGACGUAUCACCGCCCGAAGCACGUCACCAUAGCGCUCGAGACGGGCGGGUACGUGGACGUUCCGCUGCCCGCGGUGGAUCCGCUGGGUCACCACCACUCGACGUCGGGUCACGGUCCGGGUACGCCGGAUCCGUUACCCCCGGACGAUCCCGCGUCGGGAGAGGUCCAGGACGUGGACGAGCUCGGCGAGGAUGACGCCAAGGCUAGGCUUCAGUCCGUCAUGUGCUACGACUGUUUGCCCGCGCCCGGGUACGGGGUGGAACCCGCGGACGAGCCAAACGUCGGCGGGUACGAGUACGCCAGGCACAACGUCGCGGACGGCGACUGGCUCCCGGAUCCGUGCUUCGCCGGCGCGCCCCUGAUGGACGGCGAAGGCGUCUCCGUGAUGUGCUGCGGGCACCAGGUACACGCGGACUGUUUCGACAGGUACCACGCCAGCGUCCUGUCGCGCGGGUCGGACGCUGGCGCGCAGCGCGCGCAGAGCGGGCUCGGCGCCGACGAUUUUCACUGCCCCACGUGCAGGCGGCUGUGCAACGCGGUCGUGCCGGUGAUGCCGGCGACGCCGAGUCAGCUCCGUUCGCACCGCGACCGUGUCCACGCGGUGUCGGAUGAUUUUUCACCCGACGAAGAAGCCGACGGGACGAUCGAGCGCGACGGUUCGGGUCCCUACGACCCGAGCGCGGCGGCGGUUCGAGUCGUGGCGGACGGGUUGAACGCGCUCAACGAGACGCUGAGGGACGCUCGACACGCCGCGCUGGCGGCGUCGCUCCUGGCUGACCGAGAGGCGGCUAGGAGGAAAAAUUCAAAUUCCUUAAGGGACGACGCAGCAGAUCCCGCCGGCGCGGAUGGAUUCGCGGAUCCGAUCCCCGGGAGCGACUCCCCUCGCGCCAGGAGCUCGAGGAGCAGCCGACACUCUCGAAGCUCCGUCGACGGGGGAAGCGUCAGCGCGGAGAACACGCCGACACACGCAUCGGACGACGCGACGGAUGGAACCGCCGCGCCCGCCCCGCCGCACCCGUACUGGAGCAAGCACCCCGGGCGGUACCAGGUGGGCGCUCACCUCGCCAAGCGCCUCGCCGACGCCGCGCGCGAGGGUCCGGGCGUCGCGCACGUCGAAAGCCGCGAACCGUCCGCGCUCGCGAGGGAACUCGCCCCGUGGUCGGCGCUCCUGCACGGCGUGGCGCAGUGCGAGGUUUCGUCGAGACCCGUUCGCGCAAAAGAUGAUCAGGGGUCAAACUCCGAGCCGCGCCCGCCGCAGCCCGCAGCGGCGACGGCGGCGGCGGCCGGCAGGUGGCGCGCCCUGCGCGAGCUCGCGAGGCUCGCGCUCGUCGGCGGCCGCGCGGGCGCCCUCCACUACGACGAUGAGCUCGACCAUUGGCUCGACGUGUUCGUGGAUAUGCUCCGGGUUCCGUCUCGCGUGAACCCGUUUGAAGCGGCGGUGAGGGGUGACGAGUGCGUCUCCAUCUUAUCCCAAGCGAUGUUCGCGUCCGCGGCGUCCCGAGCGAGGUACUGGCGCGAGGCGAACAGGACGGAUGAGCGCGACCCCGCCCGGACGCUAGGGGGGAGUCGGUCCGCGGCGGUGACGGCGGCGGUCGCGGCGGCGGUUGGGGCGGCGACGGGGACGGGAGGACCCGACACCCGCGAGACGGCGGAGCUGACGGCGGCGGGGCGAGAGGCGCGGGGGCGGGAAGCGCUCGCGCGGGUGCGAGCGGAGAUUGCGCGGCUGGAGCAGGAAGAAGAGGAGGCGAACAACAACGCGCGGGCGGAUGAGAUCGUCGCGGCGAUGGGCGGCGCGGCCCCGACGGCGGAGCCCGGCGAGGAAAGGAACGAGACGAACGACGGGGUCGCGACCCGACCAGUCACCGCUCCCGUUCCAGUCACCGCCCCCGCGGAGGCUAUCGCGAACCUCGUCCCCAAAUCGACCCCGGAGACCGCGCCGACGUACACCGCGCUCGAGCUGCUCCAACUCGAUCCGUUCGCGUUUCUGUGCGAGCUGUACGCGCGCGUCUCUCGCGCGUACCCCGGCGCGGUGCUGUGCUCGGAGCGUCACGGCGCGAAUUCGCAGCUUGCGGCGGCGAGGGCGGUGGCGGUGGUCAUCGUGACGCAGGGAAGCCGCGCGCGUCAGUGCGCCGACCAGGGUUUCGCCAAGAACAGGGACGCGUCAGUCCCGGUCGAGGAGUUCAUCGCGCCGACGCUGUGGCGGGUGGAGGCGCUUUUGGCGCUCCUCGACGGCGCCGCGGCUCCGCCCGUUCGGACCAACCCGAGAGCCGACGUGGCGAGAAUUUUAACGCGCCUCGGAUUCGCCGGACAAAACGGCGUCGCCGACGACGCCGCCGGGUGCAUGAUCGCGGCGAUGCGAUCCAUCGACGGUCCGGUUGAGAACAAGGCGGCGCUGAUAAAUACCUGGUGCGGGCACAUGGGGGACGUCUCCGAGGAUGGCGAUAACCGCACUUCGUACAACGACGGCUUGUACUGGGGCGAGUUUAACAUCAAGCUCCCGCGCGACGCCGAGGCGCUCUCCGCGAUCGCGCACGAGCGCCCGGGCCUGAUCGCGCUUCCCACGCGCGGCGAGGACCUCUACCUGUCGCUGAUGAACGCCAACUGCAAGCGGUGCCAGAAGCCGCCCCGGGAUCCCGCGCUUUGCUUGGCGUGCGGCGAGGUGUGCUGCUGCGCCGGGGCGUGCUGCAGGCGGGGGAAACACGGCGAGUGCGCGCAACACGCGGCGGUGUGCGGCGCCGGCGUCGGCGUGUUCCUGCUCGUCAAGAGCACCAAGAUUCUGCUCAUCCGCGGCAAACGGAUAUGCCUUUACCCGUCCGUGUACCUCGACCAGCACGGCGAGGAGGACGAGUUUCUGAAGCGAGGAAGGCCGCUGUUUUUGAACGAGCGCCGGUACGGGGCGCUCGAGGACCUCUGGGUCAACGGCGCGCUCGACUACGACACCCUCGCGCUGCACACCAGCAGGGUGGGCAGCGACUUUUACUGA